AUGCUCUCACAGCAUCCGUUGGCACUUUUUGCGCGGCGUAUGACUCGGUUUUGUGUCACUGUUGGAGCAGCUGAGACGAUGACACUGAUCAAAGAUAGGCUGGAUUUUAAAUUUACGUGUGUGCGACGUGCCCCUAAUAUGAUGUCAAUCAGUGGUCCUGGAAAUCAAAUGGUUUACGUAAUAACAAUCUAUGAAAUGAUGGGAAACGAGGGCAGAAAGGUUAUGGUUGACUGCCGUCGUUCUCGUGGUGAUGGAAUUGAAUUUAAAAGAGCAUUUCUGGAUUUGAGGAAGAAACUAAGUGAUAUUUGCUGCGUAAUGGGGAACCAGUGGCUAGAAAAGCAGGGCCUCGUACCUGCUCGUUGA